AUGGCCGAUGCUGAGCUGGCCGACGUACCUUGGACUGGUGCUAGAUACACUUGGAACAAUAAAGGCUUGGGUGAGACUCGCAUUGCCUGUAAAUUAGAUCGGGUGCUGGCGAAUCUUCCAUGGUUGGAGUCCUUUCCGUCCUCUACUACGCAUUUCCAACACCCGUUGGUUUUGGAUCAUUGCCUAGUUGUGGUGUCGCUGGGUACUACAACUCGCACAUGGGGUACGCAGUUCUACUUUUUUAAUUUUGGGGCUGAUCACGAGGAUUUUCUCCCCUUGGUUCAGGAGGUUUGGGACACACCAGUUUCGGGUGGGCCUUUGUUUACCCUGGUUUCAAAGCUUAGUGCCCUUAAAGGCCAUCUCAAGGGGUGGAGUCACUCCAUCUUUCACAAUCUGGAUCAAAAGGUCAAGGACAUGGAGGGGGAGUUGACUCGUUUGCAGUCUCUCAUUGCGGGGGAUGUUUGGAUGCUUCGAUUUUGGUUGAAGAAAGGAAGCAAGAAUUGUAUUGCUGCAAUUAAUGAUAGGGAUGGGAAUUGGUUGAAAAAUGUGACUGAGAUUGAGCAGGAAGCUAUCAGGUUCUUUGAAGAUGCCUUUGCUGGCUCCCCACAGGUUAUUUGCCCUGCUUUUGAGCUUCAGGGUGACCAUUUAUUGGACUCCACGGACUGUGCCUUGCUUACCCGACCGUUCUUAGUGGAGGAAAUUAUGGGGGUGGUUUUCAAAAUGGAUAAUGACAGUGCCCCAGGGGUUGAUAGGUUUGGUGCGUACUUCUUCAAGAAGAAGUGGGGGAUCAUUGGUGAUGAGAACUCCUUUCAUGACUAUAGGCCGAUUGCAGUUAGUCCGCUUCUGUACCGUUUCAUUGCUAAACUCUUGGCAAAUCGGUUGAAGUUGGUGAUGGACAAGGUGGUGGGGGUUAAUCAGUCGGCAUUUAUAGAGGGCCGGAAUAUUACUGACAAUGUCUUGUUGGCUCAGGAGUUGAUGAAUGGGUACCAUUUGAACAAGGGAAUGCCUAGAUUCGCAGCAAAGGUUGACCUCAGAAAGGUGUAUGACUCCGUCCAGUGGAGUUUCCUUUUUACCUUGCUUCUUCGGUUGAACUUUCCUGCGACAUUUAUCACUUGGUUGACACAGUGCGUGGUUAACCCAAGGGCUUCAGUGGCUAAUGCUAUUUGGUUGAGGGAGGAGUUCCAGAAGUUCUCUGCAUUAUCUAGUCUUAUAGUCAACCAAGGAAAGUUUUCGAUUUUCUUUGCAAAUUGUGCUUCAGAGGUAGAAAGUUUCUUUGCGAAGGCGGGGCUCCCAGUGCAUUACCUGGGGGUCCUACUAGCUUCUAGGUCUCUUCGUCUGAUAGAUUACGCCCCCUUGGUCACUCGACUGGAGGAGAGGUUGGGGUCGUGA